AUUUGACUGAAUAAAUUAAAAGAUUGAUAAUACCCGCAUCUAGUCUGGGAAGUUAACGAAUAGCAUGAAGGCAUGGACAUGAUUUAUUAUUUAAUUGGAUACCUUGGGGCAGCUUGUUUGUCAUUCGUGUUUUGUGAGGAGGAACUCACUAAGUGCUUGAAAUCAAAGCGAGAAAAGAUUCAGAUUGCUUGUCCUAAAGGCAACGUGCUCUACGCCCCAUCCAUAUCGGCGGGUGUCAGCGAGUCGGGGCGGUGCACGAGAGGAUAUGGUGACUGCACGGGAACGCCGCGUGCACUGCAGCACCAGAUGAACGCAUGCAGCUGGAAGAAGAAAUGUGACGUCAUUCUGAGUACUAAUAACGUCCUGCCGUGCGGAACACCGGGUAGUCAGGUCAACAAAAAUAUUACUUAUGUGGUCAUCGGCAAGCUGAAUUGUAUCCCAAAAGAUCGAACGUUCAGCAUAUGUUCGAAAAAAGACAGACAUCUAUUCACAAAAAGUGAUUUCACAGUCGGAGUGAUCAAAAGCCAUAAACGGUUUCCCGUGAAUCGUCCAACGUGUCGUAAAGUACGUGAGAUGAAGAUUCCAGUUAAAUUGAACAGCUCAGUAAUGUUCGAGGUUUCACCAUUUAAGCACAACACGUUCCCUCUCGGACUGAACAUUUACAGAGUAGAGCGUGAGACAACGACAUCAACUCCCUUGUACAACAUAACCGUUGUCCAUGGCAACACGACGAGUGCCAUCCGCGUUGUGGCUGACUUCCGCUGGAAAAGAAAGCACCUCUCAGGAUUUAUGCUGGCUUUCAUAGCGUACAAAACCCAACAAUUGGAAAAAGUAAUGCGAUGGCCUAAAUCAAUAAGACCAGUGUUGAAAGAAUUGAGCCACAUAUUUGAAGUGCGAGCAGUGAUAAAGCAGUGCGGACGGCGGCCAGGGGAGAUGCAGCUGUCGUGUGGCCGAAACAAGGUCAUCUACUUCCCGUCAAUCUCCGCCUCCAGCGUCGGUCGUAGCUUUUCACAGAACUGCACAUAUGGAAGAAGCACAUGUGGCGGCCUGACGCCUAGCCUCCUCGUGCAGAGAAACUCCUGCUACUGGAAGCCCCGCUGUAGCAUCGAUUGGCGGGGCCGAGAGCGCAUCCUCCUGUCGAGGGACAGCAGUUGCAUCGGCCAGCCCGUAGCAUUAGUCGGCAGCGAGGGGCACAGGUGUGUCCGUGAAGAGAACAUUUACGACCUGUGCUCCAACUGCACACGAUUCAUUGACGCCUCGUGGGGAAUCGUCCGUAGUCACCCACAAUAUCCCUGGUUUUUCACCUCGCACACAGACUGCAAGGCCAUCAUUCAGAUUGGCCGACGACGGGUACUAACCCUUACCAUUCAAGACAUAAAUCUAGACCCUAAUGGUCGGGACAAGUUGACGAUGUACCAAGUGGGCAGGAACGGAGAGAGGAAUUACGUCAUUUCCGCUGCUAAGGAGGCGCGUAUCGGGCGAGUUAUUACUGUUCAGGAUGGAAAGCUGGUGAUCCGACUAAAAAGGUUUAAGCGAUCCAAGUCAGGGAGAGGACUAGUGCUCGUGUUCCAGCGUUUUCGUGUAAGUAAUUCAGGGGAGAUAGACUCACCAUACGAAACUACCACUCCUCGUACUGAGGGAAUAGUCAACGACGCAUAUCGUGGACCGGAAAUACGUCUCACAAAUCGGAUGCUGUGUUCAGGAAACCGGAAGUUGCGUAGGAGGGGUCGGUCAUGCGCACAACGAGUUUGGACUGACUACUUUACACAACUAGAAUAAGAUUCUUGUUUACAAAUGAAGAGCGUCUGGAACACUCUUAGCUUGAAAUUCCUUUAGUAAAAGUGUGUAUAAUUUAUGAUGAUAAUUUACAUGUGUGGAACAGUUGAUAGAAAUAUUGUACGCCGGACGUUAUUAAACAAUAGUUUGGCAUUGGUCAAUAAUCGGUUUUACAAUAAUGGUGGCAUUGUUGGUAUCAGGUAUCAUGAGAUAUACUUUUUCGCCUUUUCUAUGAUCAAUGUACAUUGACAACUAAGAAGACGUUUUACACUAAAAAGGCGUCAAGCACAUUAAUACAGACUUGUUAAAACUCUUCUUACUGAUGUAAACUGACGAUAGGUAUAUUUGCUGAUUCUGCCGAAAAAAUACAAUUUGGUUUAAAUAUUCUAAGUGAGUACUGUAUUAAAUGGAAACUAAGAGUAAAUAAAAGUAAAAGUAAGGUACAACAUGUAUUAAUAUUUCGAAAAGCUGGCAGAAUUCCAGACAAUUUAAGAGUUUACUAUCACGAUAAUUUAUAGAUAUAGUAAACAAUUGUACAUAUCUAGGAAUCGUCUUGACUACAGUGGGCUCAUUUAUGUAAGCCACGAAUAUCUGGAAAGGCAAAGAAGGCAAUAUUUCAAUUAAAAAGAUAUCUUAAUAAAUUCACCGUGUCACAAAUUAGAAUUAUUUGAUAAACUUGUUAAACCAAUUCGAUUAUACGGGUCAGAAAUUUGGGGUGUCAUCAAAAUGGUCGCAAUCGAAAGUAUCCAUACUUUUUCCAUUUAAUCAGUGCUAUGUAUCAAAACAAUAACAUAACAUGAUUUUGUUUAUGCGGUGACUGGAAGAUGUGAUCUUUAUUCUUGUGGUAUAACCCAAAUGGUACGUAUUGGUUCAAGGUAAUCAAUACCCAAGAGCAUAAAUAUAUUAGUGCAAUUCAUAAAAAACUUGUUACAAGAUAUUGAGAAACGACCGCGAUGUUUAAAUUGGACACUUUGUAUAGAGAAAAUGCUAACACAAUUAUUUGUUUUUUAUGUCUGGCUAUUCCAGGGUAUCAAUGAUAUCCCUUUAUCCUUGUCGCUUUUUAAACAACGUGUUAGGGAUAAUUUUAUUCAAAACCUUGCAGGUAUAAUUAAUGACUCUUCACCUUCUAAAAAUAGUCAAAACGUUCUCAGCUUAAAUCGGCUUUAAUUUAAUUAACUUAAUUACACUAGCAAUUAACUCGCAAGAUGAAAGCGAUGUUCAAAUAUACUUGUACAUAUAGAUUUAUCAGUAACUGUUCUGAAACUAGCUAAUUGUAUACAAAAAUCACCACUUAACAUUACCUAUUCUCAGACAUUUAUCGGCUACAAACCUAAAAUGAAAUCGCUCUUUACUGCCUGUGAAGAAAAUUGUUUAAAAAGUAAAAUCACGCUUGUCGCUCCUAUGACUUUUCAACGCGUUCAGCACUUUCAUUGAGCUAUAGGUUGGAUUUUUUUUAAAUAUUCUGCUUUAAACUCUAUAUUGAUCAUCGUUUUUCGUGCCGUAUUUAUUGAAUCGCUAAUGUAUUGUCCGUUCACAUUAAAUUUGAAAGGAAAUAGCUUGUCUUAUGAGGUGAUCUUAACUAAGUGGUUUUAAUACAAAUGACGUUGGAUAUUGUUUAACUACCGUCUUUCAUGAACACAUUACUUUUAAUUUAGUCGCAUUCGGUAAAGUAUGUGAAAAGUUAUGACAACAACAACUUCGCUUCACUUAAGUGAAAAUAACGAUGCAGGUUUAACAUUGGACCAACUUUCAAUUUAUUUGUUAUUGUUUGGAGAUGGUGUGCUGUAAUAUUUCCAGAUACUGUUGAAGGUCUUCAAAGAUCUUUAAAUGAUUAACAUGCAUAUUGUGAAAAGUGGAAACUUAAGUUAAAUGUUAAUAAAAAAAAAAUAGUUAUUUAUAAAAAAGGAGGUAAUAAAAAUGAAAAUGUAAAUCUUUACUACAGUAAUGAAUUGAUAGAAAAAGUUCUUUAAAAAAAACUUUUAACUAUCUUGGAAUUGUUUUUUUAAGCGGAGGAUCAUUUAUGAACGCUACACAGACAUUAUUAGAUAAAGCACUUAAGUCUAUGGGAAAUUUGUUUGGGAUAACUAGGGGGAAAGAAAUUCCUGUUAAAAUUAUGUUGGGUUUAUUCCACUCAUUUGUGUCAUCAAUUUUGUGCUAUUCUUGUAAAGUAUGGGGCCUUUGUAGGGCUGAAAACAUAGAAAGGGUUCAUAGAAAAUAGUGUAAAAAUAAGCGCUAGUAACUCUGCGAUAUAUGGUGAACUAGGACGAUACCCUCUGUAUGUUACUAGACAUGUACGAAUCGUAAAAAUAUUUCCUUAAACUGUAUCAAUUUAAAAGAGACAAUUGCAUUUUAUACAAUACAUUGCAAAUCAUUCGAUAAGAUACAGAAAAUAACGCAAAUUCAAACAAUUGGUGUUCAAAUGUACGCACUAUAUUACAAAAUGCAGGAUUCAAUGAAGUAUGGUUAUAUCCGUAGUCGAUUAAUAUUGAUAAUUUUUUCCCUAUAUUUAGGAGAAGAUUAAUCGACUCAUUUAUUGGGCAAUAGAAAAAUGUUAUCGACUCAUUAAGUUCACUAGUGUUAUACCGAGAACUAAAAUCUACCAUUCAUAUGUCAUCGUAUAUAGAUAAAUUGUAUAGCUAUAUACUUAGGAAUAUUAUUGCUAGGUUAGAAGUGUUCUAUCAUAUGUUAAUAUUGAAAGAAAUCAGCGUAAAUGUGUUUUAUGUGUUCAUAAUGAUAUUAAAGACGAAUAUCACUUUCUUUUGAUAUGUUCGCAAUAUGAUGAUAUUAGGAAAAAAUACAUAAAUAAAUUUUACUAUGCAAGACCAAGCAUGUUUAAAUUUAUUCAAUUAUUAUACUCGAAAAAUACUGCAUGUCUACGAAAACUAGCUUUGUAUUGCAAACAGGCAUUUAAGCUACGAUAUAAUGGUUUGAAUAAUAACUUUAUUGCUUUUAAGAUGUUGAAAUUAUUGAUAACUUAUAUAUGUAUAUGCACUUUCGCAGUUAUCAAUUAUUGCCAUGCCAUGUGUUAUGUUAUUGUAAUAACGAUGAACUGUAUAUGUUCAAGUUAACAAUAAAUGUUCUGUCCUGUUCUGUUCUGCUAUCGGUAGUAAUUUUGCAAGCAAUUAUAUUGUGGAAAUAUGAAGGGUUUACAGCGUUGUUAUUCGAUUACAUUUUAUUCCACUUGUAGUAUACAUAUGAAUAAACUUUUUCAACAAACAGGUUGAGAAGGUACUCGUCGUAAAGACUUUAUUAUGUCUAAAGGUGUCUGUUUGUCAAGGUGCCUAUGUCAAGUUUCCAUAGCAACAGCUUCGGAACAUGCGAAAUUGAAACUUCUUUAAACUUCAAAUUGCAUAAGGACAAAAACAUGUUUUUGACGUUUUUGUCUUCUAAUCUACUGUAUGUGUACACCUCAUCUGUGUUAUAAUAUAGUGAUAGCGUUUCUUGUUGAUAGUGGUGUUUCAAUGAUGUUCCACUUUAUACAGUCGAUAGUUUCUAUCAUUUGGGAACAGUCCUCAAUAAUACAGGUAGUUUUAUAUAAAAUCAUGCUACAAUAGCUGGAAUAGGCUUAAAAGCCCUAAGUUCUUAGAGGUAACAUAAAUACUUGUAUUUAAAACCUAGUACAAUGUAUAAGGCUUUUGAUGCUUUUGGUACUUCACUCCUUAACUAUGCUUGUGAAGUGUGGGGUUUUGGUAAAAACCAAGAGUUGGGGAGAAUCCAUCUCAAAUUUUGCAAAUCAUUUCAGCAUGUUGAAGCAGUCUACUUCAUGGUUGUUGUUUACGGAGAAGUACAUGGAUUUCCACCUUAUAUUGAUAGACAUGUGGGAAUUAUAAAAUACGGGUGUAAUAUUGUAAAUAGCAAUAACAUCAUUGUAAGUACGUUGUAUAAGGCAUUACUAUCUUCAACAGACAAGGAAAAACCAACGGAACUACAAAUGGUAACACUCUGUUAAACAAUUCUGGAUAUGCAAAUGUUUGGUUAAAACCAUUAUGUGUAGAUUUGACGAAUUUCCACAUUGUAUUUAAAGAAAGAUUAAUCGAUGAUUUCAAACAAACCUGGUAUAAUCAUGUCCAAGCUAGUCCAUCUCAAUAAUCCCUUAAGAAUUGAAUCUGGUCGUUACGGAAAUAACCGUGUAGCCCAUAGUCAAGGCUAUUGUUUAAUUUGUAACUCAAGUGAUAUUAAGAAUGAGCUCCACUUUGUUUGUGUAUGUUGUGCUUAUAUUAAGUCGCGCAUGAAUAAUUUAAAUAAAAAAAAUACUGCGUAAGACCUAGUAUGAUAAAAUUUGUUGAUUAGUUACGGUCAAAUAAUAAAAAGGUCAGCUAAAAUUGUAAAAAUAUAUAUUUGAAGCAAUUAUGCGUAAGAAUAUUGUCAAUCAAAUUGGUUUCAUUUCUAAUUGUAAAUUUUGUUGUCAAUUUCGAUUAGAGGGUGGACAUUAUA